ACUGAGCGUUGAUGUACACAAGCAACUUUCCGUCACGGAGGAAAGUAUUCCUCUGGAUGUUAGCCGUGUAACCGAUGAUGGGAAGUAACUGGAAAUUGAUAGUGUAACACAUCAGAAAGAUUCCAAGAUGGUAGUGAGUAGAAUCCUGUCGCUCGCACUCGGCCUCGUUGCCGGAGUGAUGUUUGCCAUCAUUUGGAGCAAGUACGAAGACUACUCGACUGUUCUCGACACCAAAUUCAAAUCUCAUUUCAGGUUAGAAGAUGAUAAGGAACAUAGAAUAGAGAGGAUGACAGGAAUCCAGCGUGGACAAAAAACAAACAAUAUGAGCCACAGUGGCAGUGUUCAAGCAGGAAUCGGCAAAGAGCCAUUAAAAUACGGGGUCGGUGGAAACAGUUUCUAUCUCAAAUUUGAUAAACCACUCCCGAAUUCCGCCACGGGAUCCCUGAAAGCGAAGGAACAACUCGAGCUGGCAAGUUGGGAGAUGUUUGAUCCUGAACAUGAUGCCGAUAAGUUAAAGUCAGCCUUAUCAGUCUUUUGCGUCAUCACGAUCGGGAAAUCAAGUAUAAAUUCGUUUGGUAAAUCUUCGUUUCAGUCAUGGACGUCGCACUGCAAUGACUUUGUCAUGUUGAGCAAUACAGACGACGAGAAAUAUAAUGUGAAGAAUGCCGGCCUGCCUGAGGGGCCUGCAAAUUCAUGGGAGCGGACGAAGAAGGUCAUGAGCUACGUUGUAAGCAACCACCCUGAUUAUGACUGGUACGUGAAGGUAGAACAUGAUACCUUUUUAGUCGUGGAAAACUUUCGCUACAUGCUGCUUAUGCACCAGUCACGGAUCCAGGGCUUCGCAGGGCACGUCUUAACCAGUACAAACCAGCGCGGUUCCAUAGUGGCUCUGAGCAAAGAGGCCGCCGUCAAAGCCGUAGAGAUCUUUCCGGAGUGUGGAAGCCGCUAUGGAGGUAUGCAGGACUUCAAUGAGCUUGAAGCAUGCCUGAAAAGAGCUGGAAUCUCAUCGAGUCAAGAUGGUCGAGAUGGCGAUGGGGUCAGUCGUUUCCAGAUGGUUCUAGUGAAACCUUCAUUACCGAUGAAUGCUCACCAGUCCUUAGACUGGGCAUGGAGAUAUAUUGACAAUCCAGAGAAAAUGGGACAAGAGGACUGCUGUCGAGACUACCCUGUAAGCUUUCACAACCUGAGACCAAACACUCUAUACCUAAUGGACUACAUGGUCUACCAUAUGAGACCCUUUGGAAUCGGCAACUAUGCCUGCACAGCGGAGCAGAAGGCAGCAGAGAUUGAAUAGCCCUAAAGCCACCCUAAAUCUUUUGCAAUUGGAAAAAAAAGUUAUAAACUACAACUUUGCAAA